AUGAAAGGAAAGGGAGGAGUUGAGAGAGUUGGGGAUGAACACAGAUCAUUGUUCGACCAGUAUGAACGGCUGUGUAUCGAGAUCCAGCUCAACCAGGCAAUUCUGGGUAGGAGUUUAUCGGAGCCAAGUGUGGGUCGAUCCCUGGGUCUGGGGCCUCCGUCUGAAGCUCCACCUUUGGUUUCCCAAGUGCGACAAGGGCGACGUUCCAGCUUGCCCAAGGUCCUGAAGAAGCUGUUGAAGUCAAUUUUUGGGUUUUCCAAUCUUGCUAAGAAGUUACCCAUAAUAGCACUUUCGGGCUUUGGUAAGGAAACUGGUAGACUACCCACCAAGGAAAAAACACAAGGAAACCAAAUUUUAUUUGACGCAAGUGAAGGAUUGCCUGCGACACUAGAGGUAAGAAAUGUUGAUUUGGUAAAGGAAAGUGGAAGAACACCUACCAAGAAAGAGGAUGAACUUAUUGAUUUUUCGAAGAAAAAUAAUGGAGUACCCAUCAAGAAAAGAGCACUUCGAGAUUCUGUUAGAAGAAACGCCAAUUUACAAGUACUCGACUUCGUUGAAAGAAUUAGAAUAUUGCCUGUGGAUGGGCGGAUUGAAAUUCUCGAUUUUUUCGAGAAAGAUGGUCAAGUACCAACGCUUUUCGAAUUCAACAAUCUGCUUAUGGCUAUGGUCAAAGCAGGUGAGCCUGAAUUUGCCGUCAAGCUGUUCUGUAGAUUGCCUUCUUAUGGCUUAGCACCCGAUUCUCGAACAUUUUCGAUUAUGAUUUGGUGCUACUGCAACAAAAAUAACCCGGAUGAAGCAAAACAGAUGUUGAAUCACAUGAUUGAAAAUGGAUUUCAUCCGGAUGUUAUGACCUUCACUUUGCUGAUCAAUUCAUACUCCAGAAGGGGAAGGCUACAGAGAGCCUUUGAGGUUUUUGAGGACAUGGGCCGAAUUGGUUGUGAACCUACAGUACGAACGUAUAAUUGCCUGAUCAAUGGCCUCUGUUAUGUGGGUAGGGUAGAGGAAGCCUUUGAUUUGUUUAAGAAGAUCAAGAAAUCUUCUAAGAAACCAGAUAUUUAUACCUACACCGCGGUUAUGGAUGGUUUCUGUAAGGUUGGUCGCUCAGAUGAGGCGAUGGUGUUGCUCAAAGAAGCAUUGGAGAUAGGAUUAAGUCCAACGGUGGUAACUUUCAACACUCUAUUUAAUGGGUAUUGUAAGGAGGGGAGACCUUUGGAGGGAAUCCCUCUCUUGAAGAAAAUGAAGGAGAAUGAUUGCCAGCCCGACUAUAUCAGUUACAGCACCUUGUUACAUGGACUGUUGAAAUGGAAGGAAAUUCCAGCCGCUUUACAGAUAUACAAGGAGAUGUUAGAUAUUGGUUUUAAUGUUAAUGAGAGGAUGAUGAACAGCCUACUUAGAGGAAUUUGCAGGAAGUCAUGGACUGAUGAAGAGCUGUUGAUAGAUGCCCUGGAGGUGUUUGAGAGAAUUAAAAAAUUCAGUUAUACUCCUCACUCAUACACAUAUGGCAUGAUGAUACACGCUCUUUCCAUUAGAGGGGAGAUAGAAAAAGCUUUAGCCAAUCUACAUGAGAUGUUAAGCCUAGGAUAUCAUCCAAGGAUGAUUACCUUCAACACUGUUAUCCAAGCACUUUGUCGUGCAGGGAGGAUUGAUGAAGCAUUGCUUCUGUUGGUCCAUAUGUUUAGAGGAAGAACAACCCCUAGCAGAAUUUCUUGCAACUUAUUAAUCGAUAACCUCAAUAAACAAGGAAGGUUGUUGGAUGCUUGCAAGAUAUAUGGGGCUGCAUUGAAGCGAGGUGUCACUCCCCAUCAGAAGCCAAAACAAUGUUUAAUAUCUGAUAGACAGGUUUCUGGAGAAGUUCUCGCUAAAGUAGGGCCAGAAUGCUAG